UCGCGGACGCCGGCCACGCUGCUCGCGCCGGAAAAAACAAACUGCGUGGAUGCGCUGCGCUCUCAAAGCAUGCGGCUUAAAGCAGUCUUCACGCGUGUGGACUUGCUUUCUUCGCUGCCGGAGUACAUUUAUCAGCAAUAAAGGUUGGUGUGUGAGUGCGUGACCAGCAUGUCAAAGAGCCCUCCUCACAGGCGUGGGAUCACGUUCGAGGUGGGAGCGCAGCUGGAGGCCAGGGACAGUCUGAAGAACUGGUAUGCAGCUAGCAUUGAGAAGAUCGACUAUGAAGACGAGAAGGUUUUGAUUCACUACAGGCAGUGGAGUCACCGUUAUGAUGAGUGGUUUGACUGGAGCAGUCCGUACCUCAGACCUGUAGAACGAAUCCAGCUUCGAAAACAAGGUCUCCCUGAACGGCAGAGCGCUCCAGGCUUUCAUGUCAACCAGAAAGUUCUUGCCAGCUGGUCAGACUGUCGGUACUACCCUGCUAAGAUCCUGUCCCGGGACAGAGAUGGUUUCUACACAGUGAAGUUUUUUGAUGGAGUCAUAAAGAGAGUGAAGGGGAUUAAGGUGAAGCCGUUCCGCAAGGAGAGCUCUGAAGGCAAGACUAAUCAGCAGACUCGAAAGCGGGGCGAUCAGAACGGGAAAAAAUGGAAGGCCAAGGAGAACGGCAACAGCAGAAGUAACGGCUCGAGACACAGCACGUCUGACCAGGAUGGAGAGAGCGAAUCGGAGGAGGAUGAAGAAGACGCCACAGUAAUGGAUGAAUCCAGAGCUCUCCAAAAUGGUGGAGAAAGUGAAAGCACUGAAACGAAGAUAUUGAACGAAUCAGAGCCGAGUUCUGCUGAGCACAACGAAAAACAGCCCAGUGAAGACAACAAGACAGAACCGCAUGAGAAUGGAGAAUCGAACAAACCAGAGGAGAAAGAGAUGAAUGGGGGACAGGAGGAGUCCCAAGCACUUCAAAAUGGCAUGGACAAGAACGACGGAGACAAGAAAGAGAAGGAAGAAGCAACAGAUGAAAGCCCCAGUCUGCCCAGAAGGACCAGGAGUAGGAUGGCAGAUGGAAUCGAUGUGGAAAAGUCCAGUGGUCCAGAACUGAGGAAGAGACGUGCAUCAACAGGACAGAUGCCACCGUCCAAAAGGAGCAGAGCCAAUUCAAGCACAGACAGAAACAGUCAAUCCCAAAUCAAACCGGUUAAAUCAGACUGUGUCCCAGAGACUUUAGAAAGUAAGGAUGGCCCAACCAGUCAUGCAGAAAAUGCAGCACCCAAAGAGGAGGCAGGAUCCACACCUGAUCUUGCUGCAGCAGUCAAACAGCCGCAAACAAUCCACCUUCCAACUACAAACAAGUAUAGCAGAGAACCAUUGUACAGGGUCAUCAAAAACCAGCCACCUCCUAUCCUGUCCAUUGAGCUGGACCACAACCCGUUCAAAUGCAAGAUCGCAGGCUGCCUCAAGUCUUUCCGCAAGGCGUCCCUGCUGCACUACCACAUGAAGUACUAUCACGCACAGAGCGACCCAAGCCCCCCGAUCCAGACGCGCUCCUCAGACAAACAGAUCCACAGCAAGGAGACCCCUCGCAGGCGCCGGACCGUCUCGGCUUCCCACCAUACUCCCUCUCCUCUGAGUGACAGUAAGUCAGGUCACACUCUGUCGCCCCCUGCUGUCGUCAUGCACCGGCAGCGCUCGGCCACGCUGGGCGCAGAGAGAAGCAAAGAGAACCAACACUUCAACCGCUCGCUGCAUGACGACAGAGACUGGGUUGCCAAGGAAACAGGAGUGAAAGAACGGGAGAGGCUGAGGGAGAAGCAGCAGAGGGAUUUCUUCCGCAUCAAACUAAAGAAAAAGAAGAAGAAGAAAAGGAAGUCGAAGUCAGACUGUUACAGCACUGAGGAGAGAAUUGGCCUAAAGCCUCUCCCCUGCAAUCUGAAUUCGGCCCACAAAUUGCCCCUCUCCCUCACACACCGAUCCUACACGGGACACUGCCCUGAAAAGAUGCUCAGCCAGGGUGAAGACAGCAGCAGUGAUUUGUCCUCAGACAGUCUUGUAUGGAGUGAGGAUGAGUCUGACGCUGAGCUGGAUCUGAAUAUGCCCCUCUCAGAGCAGGGCGUGGAAACGGUCACUCACGGCUCUGAGAUCGUACGCUGUAUUUGUGAAGUGCAGGAGGAGAACGACUUCAUGAUACAGUGUGAUGAGUGUUUGUGCUGGCAGCAUGGGACGUGUAUGGGACUGUAUGAGGACAGUGUGCCAGACAGCUACAGCUGCUACAUCUGCAGAGACCCACCAGCCCAGAGGCAGAGUCAAAGGUACUGGUAUGAUAAAGACUGGCUGAGCAGCGGUCACAUGGAUGGCUUGUCAUUCCUGGAGGAGAACUACUCCUACCAGAACAGUAAGAAAGUGGUAGCUGCCCAUCAGCUCCUGGGGGACGUCCACCGUGUGUUUGAGGUCCUGAACGGCCUUCAGCUCAAAAUGAGCAUCUUACAGACACAAGCCCAUCCAGACCUGAAGUUCUGGCGUCAGCCCUGGAAACCUGCAGACAGCCUACGGAGGAAGAUGGCAGGUGACUCGGGCAUAGCUACUCCCUUCCCCUCCUCACCCCCUGAAAUGGGAGCGAAUGAGUUUGAGACAUUGAAAAGCGAAGUCCCAUCACCUGUGGAGACGCAUUGCUCUUUCCAGGACUCGUACAUUAGCAGCGAGCACUGCUACCAGAAGCCCCGUACGUACUACCCAGCGGUGGAGAGAAGACUUGUGGUGGAGACGCGGUGCGGUUCUGAGCUAGAGGACAGUCUUAGGAGCACAGAGGACCUACUAGAGAUGGCCGAGCAGAGGUACGGCAAACCACUGGACCACGACCAGCACAAGCUUCAGCUGGCUGACCGCUCCUUUAGUAAGGAGCUGGAGUGCCGUAUGAAACAACUGGUUUCCGCAGAGCAGGAAAAGAGUUGUGUGGUAGAAAUCAAGGAAGAGGAGCCUGACCCUGUGACCCCUGACCCAAAGCCUGACCCUGACCUUGUGCUGCACCAGCAGUGGCAGCUGAACCUGCUGGAGCACAUUGAAGCAGUGCAGGAUGAGGUGACUCACAGAAUGGACCUUAUUGAGCGAGAACUAGACGUGCUGGAGAGUUGGCUAGACUACACAGGUGAGCUAGAACCACCAGAUCCACUGGCGCGCCUCCCUCAGCUGAAACAUCGCAUCAGACAGCUCCUGACUGACCUGGGAACAGUCCAGCAGAUCGCACUCUGCUCCUCAUCCUCUUGAGGGCGCCAGGGAACAUACAAAUGGCUCACACUCAAUUGAAUGCACACAGAGUCCCUUAAAGUCUGAUUAGAAACUGCUGAAAUGCUUACGUGUGCCUGUUUUGCGAGAGGAAACCCUUAAAUGAUUCAAGCUAACCUUGAUGUGACAGUUUCUGUGGCACAUGCAUGUUGGAGUGAUGGGUGUGGUCAGCAGUUUAAAAGUAGUCACCGGUUAGAAAAGACUGAUGAAAAUUGAGGCUAACAAUACCUGAUGCAAGCAAAAGUUUUUUAUUGUUUUUUUUUUUUGUGUGGAAUAUAUAAUGCUUCAUAGUAGCACUUCGCUAUGUCUAUAAUAGACUUAGGAGGUAUUUUGUUAUUGUUUUAUUAUGUAAUUUUCUCUGUAUUCUUCACAUGCUAAAUAAUUAUUUUAUGUUAAUUCAUAAGUGAUCAUUUUGGACUCUCUUGGCACGUCUUUGCUCUGGGUGGAGAGCUUAAGGACCCAAAUGGCAUUUUUGCUGUGGUUAAAGAAAAAAAUGUUAAAUAUGAGUAUAACAAUAUGAAAAUAUAUUUUAAUCUGAAAGUACGUGCAUUUUACUUCUAUAUUUGUACUAAAAAGGCAUGUAAUCUUGUAAAUAACCCAACCAAUUGCUUAAAUUCAUGUUCUUUUUUUAUUUCUGAUCUAAACUGUUGCAUUUACAGUAAAGACUUUCUGUGAACUUUGAUCUGUUGUGAAUACUGUAGUUGUGGUCUUUCUGCCGAUAACCCUCUAAUUUUUGACACAACUGAUGUUGCUUGCAUUUCAAAUCAGUGAACUUUGUUUCCACUGGUUAAACAACAUUAAACAAGCACAGAAUGUUGUUCUCUUGCAUACUGAAUUUUUGUAUGCAUAUUUCUUCCCCCCCAACAAAGUUUCACUGUUUCUGAUACUGUGUUCUGUUAAUUUUUCUGUUGCUUUCAAGUCUACAAGAUUGUUUUUGAUUAAUACAUUAGAUGCCUUUAAGUUAUUGUAAUUGUGAAUUUAAGUUAUUGAUUCUGCCGCCUUUUUUACAUCUGUCUGUUGGUUUUCUUUUAUACAGUGCGGGUCUGAGUAUUGUAUGGUCAGAAAGAGAGCGAGAGGAAAAGCUGGGAUCUUUUUAGUGUUCUCACCCUGUGGUGUUAGUUUUUUUUUGUUUGUUUGUUUUCCCCUAGACUAUUACUGUUAAACAAAUAAACUGUGCCUGAUAUAUUAUUUCAGGCCAAUCUGAGUGUCGUUCACCCUCAAAUACGCAAACUACAUUUGUUAUAAGUCUGUAUUUAUAAAAUCCUGCUGAAAGGUGUUUGGAGGGUUUGUGUUUUGUUCUCAGCUUUCUCUGUACAGCUAGUGAGUGAUUGACAGUCCAUUGAUUGUUUCUCAGUAUUGUGUAUUAUAUUUUUUACAUGUGCCCUGUUGCUUUCCAGUCAUUGAAAAUCUAGUUAUGAUUUACAAGAAUUGCAGUCUGCUUUUUUUUUUUACAUUUAAUUUUUCCAUUGUUUGCAUCUUAUUAUGUUGGGAUCCCCUGGGAAUCGAUAAUGAGUUUUGAAAAAU